CAGAAACAAUCCAAAACGCAGUAAAGCUGAACAGUUUGUCCCUGGUUUAUCUAUUAUGACGGAUCUCGUGUACUUGUGUGAAGAGAUGGGGGUUAUUGAUGAUGUGAAGGACACCUUAUCAAGGGCGGUGUUCACCCCUUCCACCCUGCUGUCCGGCCGAGGUGGGCUGCACAUGUGUCAGAUCCUCCUGUGUCUGGUCACCUUCAUCCUGGGUCUCUUCCGAGGAGGGAGCAGCCACACCUACUGGAACUAUGCCAUGUUUGCCUGGGCCUUCUGCCCCAUCAUGACCCUCAUCAUCACUAUCAUCGAGAUGUUCAAGCUGGAUAUCAUCCUCAAUAUGUUUUGCAUGGACUGGGCUGACUUCACCACAGGGAUGGCAAUGUCUUCUUCUCUCAUGACUGUCUCUGUUGCCAUUUUCUACGCCAACUUCUACGCCUGCCUCAAAUGCCUGUACGGCCUGAUAGUGAGCGUGUUUGCAAUUGUGUGUGGCAUUUUGUAUGUCCUAGAAGUGGUGAAAGACAAAUUCUUGGACAAGAAGAAGGGGAGCUACCUGGCUGCUCUGCCUGGGUUCUGUAAGGUUCUGGAGGCCUUUGUGAGCUGCAUGAUUUUCAUUUCACUGUCAGGUUACAGAGACCAAACUGUUCUGAUAUUGUGUGUGAUAGCAUAUGCCAUUCCUUUCCCUAUCCUGCCUUUAAUCAUCGCCACCAACAUCCUCAAGAAGCUGAAGAACUGUUUGCCCUUUAACCUUGACAGAUUUGUCUUCAUAUUUCUGGUGAUUUCUGUCAUACUAUAUAUAUUUGCAGCCAUUAUGUAUCCCAUUUUUAUGUUCAAGAACAAUCCUCGCCCCCAUGACUGCCCACCCAGCUUCUGUAUCUGGGCCAUUCAGUUCAUGGUCGCUUUUUUCACCUAUGUCAAUCUCAUCCUUUUCACACUGGAUCUCAUUUUCACCCUGCUCGGCAUCUGUGGAUUUAAGCGCACAUAAAUGUAAUUGCGUCUUUUUUGUAAUGAUUUUUUCAUUGUACUGCACCUUUAGAUAACUGCUUGUACUUUAGGUCAGAUUACACCUUACAGAUUAUUAUUAUUAUUUAUUUACAUUUCGUAUUUCCUCACCUGGAACUGAGAAAAAUAUUUACCAGCAACUAGGAUUCCUACUUACCAGCCUGAACACAGAACACAACAAGUGGUCAAAUUGGAGCACUUUUUUCUGUAAUAAAAGCAAUAAAGAUUUCAGCU